UAUAAAAGCUACUGUGUGUGACGACUCGUUCUCAUUUGUGUUCAGUUCAGUGUCCAACGUGUUAUUGUGUCAGCGUCCAAGUUUAUUGCAAAAGUUACAAAUCAUGUCUUCAUACAGUAAACCUUAUUCUCGUCCAUCAACAAACCCCAGAGAUCCUCGUACUGCUGAAAAGUUGUCGACGACACUCAAUUACUACAAGCCUAUUGCAUCAUUGCCAGAAUUCUGCUACACAGAGGAUGAUCACCGAGCAUUCGACAGGGAUGUUAUGAAGGAAUACAACAUCUCAUCUUACAAUAAUCCAGUGCCCAGACACGAAGAUUUCUGUUUAUCAACACAAGACCGUAAGCGCAUACAUAACAAGUUUAUGGAUAAAGAACGACAGCAAUUACUCAGUGAGUCGACAUUUAAUCUAAAUAAUAGUGGAUCCAAAAUCCUGAAAGUGGGUCUAGACGUAUUUGAAGAUUGCCCCUGUGUCAAGAUACAAGGCAAGGAUCGGAGCAUAUAUUUUUCAAAGAGUGCAUUCGAGAGUUUUUUAAGCGAAUUAGAAGACAUCGCCGGAGCAGUAAAGUGCGAGGAAGAAGAAGAAACUUUCGAUCUAGAAGAUUUUCAUGUACGGUGCUGCAGAAAAUAUAAAGCUGCGCGUAUCAUUUCGAAGAAAGAAAUCCACUGUGAACUGUACUUGGGACUCGUCACCCUGGAAAAAGUGAUCGCUAUGGCAGACUACUUACGUCAGAAGCUUAAUUAUUUGGGUAAUUAUUUGGAAGGUAAUGAUUGUCCUUUCAAAAACUUUGUAGAAAAAGUUGUGGACAUUCUGGAUAGACGUCAGCAAAAAGAUGUGAGUUAUAACGAUUUGUUAGUAAAUUUAACUGAUGAACCUUUAGUUAUACAUGAGUUAGUCCAUAAGUAUCCGUAUUUUGUGAUUGAUAAGAUAGAGGAUUAUAUGCAAACUUAUGAUGAUAGGUUCUUGUACAAAUAAAUGUAAAUAAAUAUAAAUGUAAGUUCUACAUUCUUUUAAUCAGUUUGGUGUUAUACUUCGAGGCAUUAAAAUGGAAAAUAAAUUUCUUCAUCCAUUUUCCGCUCUUGUAAGUGGCCCCAGUGGAUCGGGAAAGAGUUAUUUUAUUGUAAACUUUCUAAAAAAUAUAACAAACAUCUGCUCUGUAGUGUUUGAAAAAAUAGUUUGGCAUUACGGGGAAUGGCAGUCAUUGUACGAAGAUCUAAAAGGUGUUGAAUUCCAUCAAGGCUUACCCGAUAUGUCCAGUUUCGACGGCUUAAAACCUGUACUGAUAAUUAUUGAUGAUUUAAUGCGUGAAUCAAAUGGAGCUAUUGUUGACAUUUUUACAAAAGGAUGUCAUCAUCGUAACCUCAGUGUUUUCUUUCUAACCCAAAACAUAUUUCAUCAAGGAAAAGGACAGAGAGAUAUAUCUUUAAAUGCACACUACAUUAUUUUAUUCAAAAAUCCCCGCGAUCGGGCACAAAUAAAACAUUUAACGCGACAAAUUUGUCCUGAAAAUUCCAAAUUUUUAGAAGAAGCGUAUAAUGAUGCAACGUCUAAACCCCACGGAUAUCUGUUAUUCGAUUUAAAACAAAGUACACCGGAUGUUUUCCGCUAUAGAACAUCGAUAUUUGAAGAAGAUGGCGCUUGUGUGGUAUAUAUACCAAAAAAGGGUAUUAAAGGUUUGAAUCUUGAGCAAUUGGUACAUUCAUAAUGGUUUCAAAGUUGACGAAACAUUCCGAGUUGCUUCGUGCUCUCUCAAAAUUGGGACCAAAGGAGCGGUUAGCGUUGAUAAAAUGUUUGGACGACAAUCAAAUUGAAUGCAUAUGUGAGUGUAUUUACAACACUUUAAAAGGACAAGUCGAUUUGACCGCUGAUCAGAAGCGAAGUCUCGCUCGUCAUAAAACCAUCUUACGGCGUAUGGUAACGCCCCGUGAAAAGAUAAAAAAGAAGAAACAGAUACUAAUUCAAAACGGAGGUGCAUUCUUGCCAUUUGUGCUAGGGCCGUUACUUGGCGGCUUACUCGGAAGUCUUUUUCAAUAAUCAUGGAACACGCAAAGAAAAUGUUACUCGUACCGCAGGAAUUUAUGCAGCGAAUUAAAGCAAAUGAAACUAGGAAAGACGAUGUUUUAUCGCAAAUUGAUGACGAAAUGUCACAAGUAUUAAAUUCUAAGUUGUCUUCAUAUGAAAAGUGGCAACAGUAUUCUCAAGUUUUACAGAAAUAUUUACAUUUUUCGGAACAAAUGCGAAAACCUGUAAGCAUAGCAAUUGAAUCGAAGCCUACAGGAAUAUCAGAAGAUGAAAUAAUAGCCUCAAUUCCACAAACUUUUAAGAAAAAAGCCGAAAGUUUUCUACGAAUACUCAACGCUUCGGGUGAUAUUUUAUGGGACAAUAGAGGAAUUGUCACAAUAAAAGGCGAAGUAAUCCCGUCAU